ACAUUCACACCAAAAACACCAUUACUCUAUUUUACUCUCUUUUCUUUUUUUUUUUUCUUUUUUUUUUUUUUUCUGUGUGGUUGUUGUCGUCGUCCUCUCGUUAUUAUCCAAAUCCAUUUUAUUAUUAAUUCUAUUUCAGUAAAACAAAAUUAAUUUAUUUUGUCUUCUUAUUAUGUCCCCAUUUUAUCCAUUUCUUUUCAUAAUUUUUGAUUUUUUGAUUUUAUUCCUUUAAUUUUGGUAUAAAAUGGGUUUGAGCUAAAUUUUUGGGAGACCUUAAUUUGAUGUCCAAUAAUUUGACCCCUUAAUUUUCGGCUUUCUUUUUUAUUUUAUAAAGAUCUUCCAUCUUUCUCUCUCUGCUCCUUUCGCCUGUGAUCUAGGGUUUUUAUUCCCUGCUUCUCUAUCAGGUAAAUUGGGUAGCUAGAGGUGCAGGGUUCUCUUUCCCAAUCAUCAGCCAAAGUUUGAGGUGGAUCUCUCAAAAUUCUUUGUUUUUUAAUUUUAUUUGAUUUAAUGGAAAAACAAAUAAUUUAAAGGUAGUUAGGCUUGAACAUCAAGUGAGAGGAUUACCACUCUUUCAAGUUAUUUGGCUGUAAAUAUAAUUGACCAAUUCACGUUUUUAUUGGAAUUAUAAGCCUUUAAUUUUGUAGUAUUUUUUUAGAUUUAUGAUAAAUAAGAGGAAGAUUGUAGGUGGUAAACAACAUUAUACUAUAUACUAUAAUUAUAAUAUAGCGCCUUAUGGCUUCUCGAGAAGGAGAGUUUUUGGUUGAUCUUGAAUGUGGUGGUACUACCUCUGAGGAAGAAAGUGGGGAUGGUGUUUCUGGGAAUGGAAGAGGAAGAAAAUCGUUGAGUCGAGGGGGCCGUAAUGGGGGUUUAAAUUCUAAUGGAUUGGCAAAUGGUGCCAUUGAUAUUGAUUCGAGUGAUGGUUUUCCAAAGUCGAAUGAUGUUGCUGGUCAAGGAGUUGAUUUACUCAUUGAAAAAAGCUCAGGAAGUGAAGAUGGUAGAGACCUUGCUGCUGUUUUUGAGAAGAGGAAUUCAAAUGAGUCACGAAAAAAGCUAGGCUCGAAAAAGGCCUCCAAACCACCCCGGCCUCCUAAUGGUCCGUUGUUGACUGCAUCGGACCUGAAAUUGGUGAAGGAGCUUUCUGAGCUAGCUGCUAGGAAGAGGGCAAGAGUUGAACGGAUUAAAGCCUUUAGGAAGAUGAAAGAUGCUAAGCGGUCGUCUUCAAGCAGCAGCGUAACUGCAAUGGUGAUAACUGUUCUGUUUUUCCUUAUUAUAGUGUUUCAAGGAUUUGAUCUUGCAGGCAUAUACUCCGGAAAUAGCUUUACUAGGAAAUUUCAGGGGUCUCCUGCACCAGCUACAGCAGGUGAAGGUUUGAUUUCGAUCCAAUUCUUCAACAAUGCUCCCACAUAUGAAACGAAUCCGCCCAUUUCUCUGUCUCCUAAUUCUUUGGAUGCGACUUCCAGUUCAAGUCCCCAGGAGCAAGAAGGCAGGGAUGCCCGAUAAAAAUUCUUUGAUAGAACCAUCUGGAUAACCCGACACUUCUCUUAAAUGGAUUUUUCAACUUAUGAUUAGUUUGUCUAAAGAGAAAUCCAAUUUCCAAACGGCUAUUCGUUUGUAAAUAUUCGUAGAGCCUCAUCUAUGGGAGAUUGUAUAGAUAUUUGCAUCUCUCAAAAAGCACCUUGUCCUGACUCUGAUUCCCAGAACGCGGAGCAAAAUUUUUGGUUCUUUGGUUCAAACUUCAUGUUGUGUUUUCCAACUAGUUUAGUAUGCAGUUAGAUCUAAGUUAAAUUUUUCGAAGACAUUACUAGCUUAUUGAUAUCUUAGGAUUAUCAAGUCCUCGUAUGUAGUAUGUACUUUUUAUUAAUUGUCAACCUCUCGCUCUUUGUGGCUAUGCUCUUGUUGGCCCAGGGGUGACGCAUUUUAUUUAGCUAAUGCAAGAAUGCAACACAAUGCUGUUGUUUGCUUGUUAGUCAAGCUGAUACAC